AGUUGAUACCUUAUCCUCUUCACUUCAGCUUCAAGUUCAGUUCAGUUCAGCACACACAAAAAUGCUUCUCUCUUUACACCUCCCUUCACCAUCCCCUUCUUCUUACCACACUCCUUCUAGAACCUUCCACAACAAACCCCACUACAUCAAGUUCCGUACAUCUUACCGCCAAAAUCUCCGUUACCUCCAACACCUAACCGUUAUCCCGCCCGACUCCCUCCCUGACUCCGACACUCUCCACCGCAUAUUCACCAUCGUUAACCUCCUCAAAUCCCACUCCCUCUCCGACUCCGACAUCCCCCGCAUCGCCGCUGCUGCACCCUCCCUCUUCUCCCCCUCCUCCGCUGCCUUCUCCCCCGAUAACAUAUCCGCCGUGUUCCACUUCCUCGCCACCGACGUCGCCGCCUCCUCCGCCGAGUCCCGCGGCCUCGUCCUGCGCUGCCCUCACCUACUCCUCUCCCCGCACCCCGACCUCUGCCUCCGCCCAACGCUCUACUUCCUCCGCGACGAGAUCGGGCUCUCCGGUCUGAACCGGCCGACGAACAGGAACGCGCAUCUGCUGAACACGCGCGUGGAGGAUCUGCGCGUGAGGGUGGAGUUUUUGACGGAGGAGGUUGGGUUUGAGUAUGAGGAGGCGGUUAGGGCGUUGGUACGGGUACCGGCUAUAUUCGGUUACGGUUUGGAAAGUAAUUUGAGGCCGAAAUUUGAGUAUUUGGUUGGUGAGAUGGGUAGGGAUGUUGAAGAACUGAAAAAGUUUCCACACUACUUUGGGUUUAGCUUGCGUAACAAAAUUGUGCCAAGGCAUUUACAUUUGAAGCAAAUGGGUGUUGUUGAUGUUCCUUUGAAUAAGAUGCUUAUGUGGCGUGAUGAAAGAUUCUAUGCAAAAUGGAAGUGAUAGUAGUAUAUUCAUCACUUAUAACUUGUUACUUUUGUUAAUAUUCAUGUAUAGAAUCAUGGUAUUUUUUUGCCUUGGUUUUGAUUUUGGCAUUCUGAUCAA